AUGUCUUCAUACCGCGCCGUCGAUUCGCCGCCUCGCCAUCCGACAAUUCCCGCCUUUUCCUGCCGCCAGAGCCAUUCGGCCGCCCGCGUACCCGCCGCGCGCUCCCCCUCCGCUCAUUCACCGUCCGCGCGCUCCUCCCGCCGUGGCCGCGGCGGGCCUUCCGUCCUUCCGGGGCCUCGCGGCGCAGCAUGGCUGGCGGCUGUCGCAGUCGCAGUCACCGUCGUCGCAAUGGCGUCGCCUGCGACUGCUGGGCGACCCAACGUGCUGGAUAACUUCCAACCACCCUGCCCCACCCUCGCCGAACCUACCACGUACAAGAAGUGGAGCGACCCGGCCACGUGGGCAGGCGGGUCCAUCCCGGGCCAAGGCGACGCCAUCGGCGCCAACGUCACAAUCCCCUGCGGGGAGGCCGUUCUCCUCGACACCUCGCCCAUCACCCUCACUCUCCUCAACAUCCGCGGCUUUCUCCGCGUGCUCGACUCCCCCGCGCUGCCCAAGGUCGACCUGUCCGCGGCGUUCAUAGUGGUGCAGGGGAAUUUCUCCAUCGGCACGCCGCAGCAGCACUACAGGCAGAGGAUCAAGAUCACGCUCACGCCCAAUCCGAAUAACCGCGCGGACUAUCUGUUCACGGAGAACCUUCCGGCUGAGCCCGCGUUUCCAAGGAACCUUGGACACAAGGCGUUUGCAGUGGUGGGCGGCCAGGUGGAUUUCCACGGCAUGCCAGGUGGCAGCAGCACGCCCUCAUGGACGAAGCUGGCGGCGACAGCUCAGCCCAACGACCUGGUGAUUACAGUGCAGGAUGACGUCAGCGCAUGGCCUCAGGACGCCUUCGUUGUUGUCACAUCCACCGACUACUUCCCCGACCAGGCCGAGGUCGUGGGGAUCAUUGAUGUGGUGGCACUCCCUUCGGGCGGCUCGAAAAUCUUCCUGGAAAAGCCGCUCCGCCUGAUGCAUUUCGGAGAUCCCAAGGGCGUGCCGGACGGCUACGGAGGCUUCGUGGACCAGCGGGCCGAAGUGGCCCUCCUCAACCGCACCAUCGCCAUCACGGGAACAGACGAGCCGGCGCCGUACCACCGGGAGGGCGGGCACUUCAUGAUCUUCAUGAGCGGCACGCCGCAGUUUAUUGAAGGCGUGGAGUUUGCUCAGAUGGGGCAGCAGGGCAAGCUGGGGCGGUAUAACAUUCACUUUCACGUGUGCGGGGAUGACGGGGGGCGGAGUGUUGUGCGGAAGAACGUGAUGCAUGACAGCAAGCAGGUGAGGGCGGGGUGGUGGGAAGCAGGGGAAGGUGGGAGCAAGAAGGUGAAGCUGGGGCAAUAUGCGGGGAUGACCAGGCGUUGUGUGGUGGUGCACACGACGUUCAACCUGACGGUGGAGGAGAACGUGGCAUACCACACGAGGGGGCACUGCUUCAUGGUGGAGGAGGGCGGCGAGACCGACAACACCUUCCUGCGCAACCUCGGCAUCUGGACGCGAGCAGGUGCGGUGAAUCUGGACAAGAACAGUGGAGGUGCUCAUCCCGCUGUCAGCAGCCAACCCCACCAAGACCGAGGAAACAGACGACAACCCGUCCACGUUCUCGUUCACCCAGUGCUUGCCUUACUCCCUUUCAUCUCUCUCUCUCCCAACCAUCAACCCAUCAACCAUUCCCCCCUACCAGUGGAGGUGCUCAUCCCGCUGUCAGCAGCCGACCCCACUAAGACCGAGGAGACGGAUGACAACCCGUCCACGUUUUGGAUCACCAACCCCAACAACAACUUCAUUGGGAACGUCGCCGCUGGCUCUGAGAACUCGGGCUAUUGGAUGGAGCUGAGGGACAGGGUGCGCGGAUUCACGCUCUCCUACCCCGGGCUCAACGCCACCGUGCCGGCCAACGGCCCCUUUGGCAUCUACCGGGAUAACGUGGCCCACAGCAACCGAGGGCCGGGGUGGAGGACUUAUCCCAAGGGGGUGCGACCCAGGCAGACUUGGUCGCUGGACUCUCCGAUCCCCCAGUGGCAGUGGAAGCCGUCUACAGGAACCAUCAGCGGGCUGCUGCUCUACAAGCAAUCCGGGGAUGGAUUCUCCAUGCACAAAUCAAACGGUGUCAUCAGCACCAACAGCACAGUCGCUGACAACCGGCAGGGGCUCAACCUGCUGGGUGACACGGGCAUGAGUGUCACUGACAGCCGCACUCAUUUGUUCGUGCACAAUUCAGACGGGCUCAUCAUCACCAACAGCACGUUUGCGGACAACCGACAGGGACUGAACCUGCUUGGGAACACGGGCGUGAAGGUGACAGACAGCCAGUUCAUUGGGGUGACCCCCAACUAUGGCAACCCCCGCAUGUGUGACUCCACGCCCCAGAUGUGUGGCCCUGUGGCCGGCUGCGACUUCCCCCUGGCUGCUGGGCAGCAGGGGCGGUCACAGGGGUGGUCGCACUGGAGGAACCCCAUCUUUGGCAUCAUCAUCGACCAUCCCACCUUUGGAUUCGACUUCGCCCGUGCCCACGCCAUCUCCAACUGCCGGUUCCACGCGUAUGACAGCACAUGCCGCCUAGCUGCUGCCAUCGGCGCGGGCAUCAACGGAGCUCCCAAGGACACGUGGGCCACGGCCACCAGUGUGCAGGUGCCUGCUGCCGGUACAAGGGUCCUGCCACCUGCCAUGGGCGCGGGCAUCAACGGAGCUCCCAAGGACACGUGGGCCACGGCCACCAGUGUGCAGGCUGUGACAGGCACACCCGGCACCAACAUGCUCUACUUUCCGCCCCGCAACUUCACCUUCCCAGUCCCCGUGAGUGCUGCCAGCGGAAGCUCACUGCCCAACUCCUCUGGUGUGCACUUUGCCACCACUGCCCAACUCCUCCUCUGGUGUGCACUUUGCCACCACUGCCCAACUCCUCCUCUGGUGUGCACUUUGCCACCACUGCCCAACUCCUCCUCUGGUGUGCACUUUGCCACCCCUGCCCAACUCCUCCUCUGGUGUGCACUUUGCCACCCCUGCCCAACUCCUCCUCUGGUGUGCACUUUGCCACCACUGCCCAACUCCUCCUCUAGUGUGCACUUUGCCACCACUGCCCAACUCCUCCUCUGGUGUGCACUUUGCCACCACUGCCCAACUCCUCCUCUGGUGUGCACUUUGCCACCACUGCCCAACUCCUCCUCUGGUGUGCACUUUGCCACCACUGCCCAACUCCUCCUCUGGUGUGCACUUUGCCACCACUGCCCAACUCCUCCUCUGGUGUGCACUUUGCCACCACUGCCCAACUCCUCCUCUGGUGUGCACUUUGCCACCACUGCCCAACUCCUCCUCUGGUGUGCACUUUGCCACCACUGCCCAACUCCUCCUCUGGUGUGCACUUUGCCACCACUGCCCAACUCCUCCUCUGGUGUGCACUUUGCCACCACUGCCCAACUCCUCCUCUGGUGUGCACUUUGCCACCACUGCCCAACUCCUCCUCUGGUGUGCACUUUGCCACCACUGCCCAACUCCUCCUCUGGUGUGCACUUUGCCACCACUGCCCAACUCCUCCUCUGGUGUGCACUUUGCCACCACUGCCCAACUCCUCCUCUGGUGUGCACUUUGCCACCACUGCCCAACUCCUCCUCUGGUGUGCACUUUGCCACCACUGCCCAACUCCUCCUCUGGUGUGCACUUUGCACCACUGCCUAUCCCCACCCUGCUAUGUUUGCCCCAUACGGAGGAGACGUGAACAGAGGAGGAGAGGCAACAGACCUGUACACCCUGUGGGACAAAGACGGCUCUCUGCUCAACGCCACUGCCGGAGGCUACCUGCUGGCAAACAACACCGCCCUGCUGCCGCCCACCAAGCGCUUCCCUGCUUGCCAGCCCGUGCCCGCUUGGAACGCCUAUGCGUGCCCGGGGACAUGUUAUCGCACUGUCAUGUUUACUUACCUGGAGCCGGGGUUUACUGUGUAUGAGAACAGCAGCGUGCCGGAUACACGCAAGCGAGGCGACUUCAGCUACCUUUCCAUUCGCCGCAUAGAGGACGACACAGUGAUCACAGUGGACGGCAAUCUGCGGUCGGUGGGCAACAUGUGGACGGCAGGGCAGCGCAUCUUCGUGGUGCCCCUGCUGGCGAACGCCACCUACGAGGUCAACAUAGGGUUACCGGGUAACAACCGCGCCUUCUUCCCCAGCAAUAUCACGGUGCAAUUGCGCGACAGCAACGGGUGCAACGGGCCGGUGACUCUGAGGAUUCCGGCGAAGCAGAGCAACCAAUGGAUGAUCAACGAGGAGCAAGACGUGAACUGGAAAGCCUGCGCGGGCACAUCAGACCGGGCAGCGGUGCAGUUCUCAUUCGUGUGCUUCAAGUUCAAGCCAACCAUCGAGCUCUUUUUCGACGGAACCUCCUCCAAGCCAAUCGUGCUCCGUGCCUCCGCAAACCCCGUCACCGGCUGCCGCCUCCCCUAUCGUUGUGGCCUGGUGGCUCCGGGGUCCACGUGGGCGUACGACGUGAGCGGCAGGGAGCUGCAUGCAGCAAUCUCGGGCGCCAUGGGCUUCAGCUCUCCGCGCUUCAACGAUGCCAGCUGGCCGCGAGGCCCGGCUAUCAUUGGCUAUGUGGGAUGCUCACAACGUGAGUGGCAUGGCAUCAAGCAGCAUGCAGCAGUGACGGGCGCCAUGGGCUUCCCUUUUCUGUUGGCACAUGCUUCUUCCCCAUCCUCCUUUCCUCCCCUCAUCCCACCCGUUUCAACCCCCCAGGGCGGUGGGCCGGCAUCAACACAUGGACGCCCCCUUCAGGAGACGCACUCCCCACCUUCUACUACCGGCGGCCAUUCCGAGUUGCCAACAGCGUGGCGGUGGGUCGGCAUCAACACAUGGACACCCCCCUCAGGAGACGCCCUGCCCACCUUCUACUACCGGCGGCCGUUCCGAGUGGCCAACAGCGCGUGUGCCACGGGGCUGUAUGUGGAUGUGAUAGUCAACGACGGCGUGCUUCUCUAUCUGAACGGGGUCGAGAUGCUGCGAGUCAACAUGGCUCCCGGCGCGGUCAACGUCUCCUCAAGGGUGAUGAACGACCGCGCACUCCUCUAUCUUAACGGGGUGGAGAUGCUGAGAGUCAACAUGGCACCUGGUGCUGUCAACGUGUGGUGGAGGGCCCUAUCCAACCAGAACGUGUGGGACUACACGUUCUUCUUCAUCCCUCUCAACGCCACAGCACCCUUCUCUCUCGCGGAGGGCACCAACCACAUCGCCGCCGAAUCACACGCCGCCAUCUGGACCACCGAGAACUUCUUUGACCUCAAACUUAGCGCAACAUGCAGUGGCGUGCUCAUUCUACAGGAGGUGUGUGACGGGCUCGACAACAACAACGACGAAUCUCACCCUCACACCGACAACAACCAUCCUUGCCAUACUCCCCCCCCCCACAACCCCCCUCCCCACUCUCCCUCCUUCCCCACCCCCCUUCCCUCCUUACUUCCCUUCCCUCCCUACUCCCCCCUCUCCGCACUCCCCCACCCCCCAAUCCACAAGCAAGGCAAGGUUGACAUAGACCCACUGACCGACCGGCUUCUCACGCGCCCGUGCCGCAACCCCUGUGGGGCUGGUAUUGAGACGUGCAUUGAUGGGGCGUUUCAGAACUGCACCGCACCCGUCCACGGGCCUGAAGUCUGCAACGGGGUGGACGACAACUGUGACGGUCUCAUCGACAACUCGCCCUCUCCAACUGCCGCUCGGCUCGACUGUGCCGACGGCUCCCUGUGCUUCAAGGGCCAGUGCCUGCCGUACGGCCCUCUCACCGCACCCGUCACAGUGAUCAACAAGAUCGCUGCUGGCUGGCUGUACUACGAUAAGGGGUACCUUCCGCAGUCCUACCCCACUUGGAGCACCAACAGUGCCUGCCUUACGGCCCUCUUCACUGUGCAGCUCACAGUGAUCAUGGUAGCGUCACCAACCUCUCGCUCGCAGCUCAACAGUGGCGACUCCGCCUACUUCCUCCUCAGGAGGAGCUCUCGCCCCAAAGCCCUCUCGCCCCAAAGCCCUCUCGCCCCAAAGCCCUCUCGCCCCAAAGCCCUCUCGCCCCAAAGCCCUCUCGCCCCAAAGCCCUCUCGCCCCAAAGCCCUCUCGCCCCAAAGCCCUCUCGCCCCAAAGCCCUCUCGCCCCAAAGCCCUCUCGCCCCAAAGCCCUCUCGCCCAGCCCACAUCUUCCUGUCCCUUCCCCGCUUCCUUCCAUUCCCCUCUGCCCCUCACAGCAACGUGCCAGCUCACCUACUCAAGGAGGGCGCAGCACCGUUUGGAUUCAACUCAGCAUCGCCCACGGCCACCAACCUCUCUCUCGCAGCUCACCAGUGGUGCCUCUGCCUACUUCUUCCCCUCAAGUCCCACUCUCCCACUCUGCCACUCUCCCUUGCGCCCCUCUGCCCCUCUCCCUUGCGCCCCUCUGCCCCUCAACAGGAACGUGCCAGCGCAACUUGUAAAGGAAGGGGCAGCCCCGUUUGGCUUCAACUCAGCGACAGCCGCGGCCACCAACCUGUCGCAGCUCACCAGCCUCUCUCCCCUCUGCCCCUCUCUGCCUCCACAGCAACGUGCCAGCACGUCUGCUAAAGGAGGGUGCAGCGCCAUUCGGCUACAACUCAGCGUCCCCCACGGCCACCAACCUCUCGCAGCUCACCAGUGGCGACUCCGCCUACUUCUUCCUCAAGAGCUUUGCUCUCACAGAGGAGGAGGCCAACAACACCUGGAGCUACUAUUCCUCAACUCCUUCCCCUCUAGUGCCCUCCCAGUCUUGGUGAUUCCAUCUAUUGUGAGUUUCUCCCUCACAGAGGAGGAGGUCAACAACACCUGGAGCUACUCUGCGUCCGUCCAGAGGGAUGAUGGUGCCGUCCUCUUGAUGAGCGGAGCCGAGUUUUUCCGCUCCAACAUGCCUGCUGGCCCCAUCACCUCCGCACCCUCCUCUAAACCCUCAUGCCACUCUCUACCUGCACUGGAUGAUGGUGCCGUCCUACUGAUGAGCGGAGCCGAGUUUUUCCGCUCCAACAUGCCUGCUGGGCCCAUCACCUCCUCCUCUAAACCCUUUAUGCCACUCUAUCUGCACUGUCUAUGCUCCCCUCACUCACCUCUCCCAACAGCUGCGUCCAUCCAGAGGGAUGACGGUGCUGUCCUCCUGAUGAAUGGAGCUGAGUUUUUCCGCUCCAACAUGCCUGCUGGCCCCAUCACCUCCGCAUCCUUUGCUGCCACCGGCACGUGGGGCGCCGACAAGACCACCUUCUUCAACAGCACGCCCUUCCGCUCCAUCGCGCAGUUCCUGCAGCCCGGAACCAACUGGGUGGGAGAGCAGCUGCACCAAUCGCGCUGGUCCAGUGAUGCCCUCACCAUGCCAUGCGCCCCUGCUCCCUCCCCACAUGCCCCACACCCUCUCUUCCUGCUGUGCCUCCCAUCUCAGCCCGGCACCAACUGGGUGGGAGUGCAGCUGCAUCAGUCGCGCUGGUCCAGCGAUGCCCUCUUCGAUCUCGAGCUCACCCGCCACGUCAUGCGCCCCUGUUCCGCCCUCGAAGGCUCGCCUGCUGCCUGCUCUCCUUCAGCGUGUGUGCGCACACCCCCGGCUGACACUCUGCUGCUUGCGGUGAGAUGCGAUGUGCCAUGCACCAUCUCCCUGCUACUUCUCACACUCCCUCCGCUUUCCAACCCAACUUCUUUCCCUCUCCCUUCCCGCCUCUUCCCCUCCCCCUCUCUCCCUUCCUCUCCCCACCUUCCCUCCCUCCCCACCUUCCCUCCCUCCCCACCUUCCCUCCCUCCCUCCCUCCCUCCCUCCCUCCCUCCCUCCCUCCCUCCCUCCCUCCCUCCCUCCCUCCCUCCCUCCCUCCCUCCCUCCUCCCCCCCCCCCCCUCCCUCCCUCCCUCCCCCCCUCCCCCCCUCCCUCCCUCCCUCCCUCCCUCCCUCCCUCCCUCCCUCCCUCCCUCCCUCCCUCCCUCCCUCCCUCCCUCCCUCCCUCCCUCCCUCCCUCCCUCCCUCCCCCCCUCCCCCCCUCCCUCCCCUCCCUCCCUCCCUCCCUCCCUCCCUCCCUCCCUCCCUCCCUCCCUCCCUCCCUCCCUCCCUCCCUCCCUCCCUCCCUCCCUUUCUUCCUCCCUCCCUCCCUCCCUGCAUGCAGCAAGGGUCCAUAUGGGCCUACAACGACGCCUCGCUGCCACCGCCCAACCCUGACACCUGGUUCCUGCCCUCCUUUGAUGACUCUGCAUGGCUCAAAGGCGCCGCGCCCCUAGCAGCGGGCAACAACAGAGCUGGCACCAACCUCACCCUCAACAGCACCACCAGUGGCUCCCGUGUGGCACACUACUUCCGCCGCGCCUUCACUGUCACCGAUGCUGCCUGCCACGUGGCCCUCACCGUCUCCUUCAACAUCGCUGAUGGCGCUGUGAGUGCUCGCAUCAUGCUCGCAUCAGUGCUUGCAUCAGUGCUCGCAUCAGUGCUUGCAUCAGUGCUCGCAUCAGUGCUUGCAUCAGUGCUCGCAUCAGUGCUUGCAUCAGUGCUUGCAUCAGUGCUUGCAUCAGUGCUUGCAUCAGUGCUCGCAUCAGUGCUUGCAUCAGUGCUCGCAUCAGUGCUUGCAUCAGUGCUCGCAUCAGUGCUUGCAUCAGUGCUCGCAUCAGUGCUUGCAUCAGUGCUCGCAUCAGUGCUUGCAUCAGUGCUCGCAUCAGUGCUUGCAUCAGUGCUCGCAUCAGUGCUUGCAUCAGUGCUCGCAUCAGUGCUUGCAUCAGUGCUCGCAUCAGUGCUUGCAUCAGUGCUCGCAUCAGUGCUUGCAUCAGUGCUCGCAUCAGUGCUUGCAUCAGUGCUCGCAUCAGUGCUUGCAUCAGUGCUCGCAUCAGUGCUUGCAUCAGUGCUCGCAUCAGUGCUUGCAUCAGUGCUCGCAUCAGUGCUUGCAUCAGUGCUCGCAUCAGUGCUUGCAUCAGUGCUCGCAUCAGUGCUUGCAUCAGUGCUCGCAUCAGUGCUUGCAUCAGUGCUCGCAUCAGUGCUUGCAUCAGUGCUCGCAUCAGUGCUUGCAUCAGUGCUCGCAUCAGUGCUUGCAUCAGUGCUCGCAUCAGUGCUUGCAUCAGUGCUCGCAUCAGUGCUUGCAUCAGUGCUCGCAUCAGUGCUUGCAUCAGUGCUCGCAUCAGUGCUUGCAUCAGUGCUCGCAUCAGUGCUUGCAUCAGUGCUCGCAUCAGUGCUUGCAUCAGUGCUCGCAUCAGUGCUUGCAUCAGUGCUCGCAUCAGUGCUUGCAUCAGUGCUCGCAUCAGUGCUUGCAUCAGUGCUCGCAUCAGUGCUUGCAUCAGUGCUCGCAUCAGUGCUUGCAUCAGUGCUCGCAUCAGUGCUUGCAUCAGUGCUCGCAUCAGUGCUUGCAUCAGUGCUCGCAUCAGUGCUUGCAUCAGUGCUCGCAUCAGUGCUUGCAUCAGUGCUCGCAUCAGUGCUUGCAUCAGGUGCAUCAGUGCUCGCAUCAGUGCUUGCAUCAGUGCUCGCAUCAGUGCUUGCAUCAGUGCUCGCAUCAGUGCUUGCAUCAGUGCUCGCAUCAGUGCUUGCAUCAGUGCUCGCAUCAGCGCUCGCAUCAGUGCUCGCAUCAGUGCUCGCAUCAGUUCUCGCAUCAGUGCUCGCAUCAGUGCUCGCAUCAGCGCUCGCAUCAGUGCUCGCAUCAGUGCUCGCAUCAGCGCUCGCAUCAGUGCUCGCAUCAGUGCUCGCAUCAGUUCUCGCAUCAGUGCUCGCAUCAGUGCUCGCAUCAGUGCCCGCAUCAGUGCUCGCAUCAGUGCUCGCAUCAGGUGCCGCACUGUUGCCCAACAUUAUUCGUCUCUCCAUCCCUCCUCACCAGGUGCUGUACCUGAACGGCGUCGCGGCAUAUCGCUUCCUUCCAGACGCCGCCCACCGCUGCCACUGUGCCUCGUGUGUGGGCCCCUGUGCCUCACUCUUCUCAAAGCUUCUUCAUUUUCCCACAUUUUCCCCUCCUCCACCCCCCCCCUCUUACCAGGUGGUGUAUCUGAAUGGCGUCGAGCCAUACCGCUUCCAGAUGCCGCCCCCCUCAUGGGGCCCGGUGGUGUAUCUGAAUGGCGUCGAGCCAUACCGCUUCCAGAUGCCGCCCCCCUCAUGGGGCCCGGUCACCCCCACCACCACCACUGGGACUUCAACAUCAGUGCCUCACUCUUUCCCACUGCUCUCCUUCUCUUUACUCCCUCACCAGGUGGUGUACCUGAACGGCGUCGAGGCGUACCGCUUCCAGAUGCCGCCCCCCUCAUGGGGCCCGGUCACCCCCACCACCACCACUGGGACUUCAACAUCAGUGCCUCACUCUUUCCCACUGCUCUCCUUCUCUUUACUCCCUCACCAGGUGGUGUACCUGAACGGCGUCGAGGCGUACCGCUUCCAGAUGCCGCCCCCCUCAUGGGGCCCGGUCACCCCCACCACCACCACUGGGACUUCAACAUCAGUGCCUCACUCUUUCCCACUGCUCUCCUUCUCUUUACUCCCUCACCAGGUGGUGUACCUGAACGGCGUCGAGGCGUACCGCUUUCAGAUGCCGCCCCCCUCAUGGGGCCCGGUCACGCCGGCCACCAACGCCACGGGCGGCUAUGUGUGGCGGUGGGUGCCGUCCGUUCUGUCGGGCGGGUGGCUGCAGCAGGGGGCGAAUGUGAUCGCGGUGGAGGUGCAUCAGCAGAGGAGCACCAACACUCUGCUCACGUUUGACGUGCAGGUUACCAGCAAGAGGGAGGCCAUUGCUUGCACCCCUGCCCCACAGUAA